CAAAAAUAACUACUAAACUGACAUUUUGAUUAUUAAAAAUAAAAUAAAAUCUAAACCCUAAAUAACUCGGGCGUAUCUUUUCAGACAAAACCCCGAGCAAACGCCGUCCGCCGUCCGACUCCGCCACCGUUGGCUCCAAACCUAAACAUUCAAACCUGCCUCAACUUAAGUUAUGUCCUCUAAAUGGCGUGCUUUACAGCACCGCCACCUUUACACUUACAGCGCCGUCGUAUUCCCACCGCACUUCAUUGAGGCAUUGGAGCAAACACCUUCUGACUCCGCUUUCUUCUCUGAACUAAAGCGAUUCAUUUCCCUAACUUCCACAUAUGCUCAGAUCGAACAAGUUACGAAACUAGCCGCGGCGUUUUCCAAUUUUCUCUCCGACCGAAACUCCGAUGAAAAGACAGUUUCUUGUGCCGUGAAGUUGUACUUGGAAAUCCUUUUUCUGGAGAACUCGUUGCCUUUGCACAGGACGUUAGCUUCUGCUUUGGGUAAGUGCAAGAACUGUCAGAGUUUGAUCGAGGCUUGUUUCCGGAGACUAUGCGAAGAGUAUGGUGGCGGGGAGAAUGUGAGAAAUGGGAGAAGAUUCUGUGUUUCGCGGGCAGCACUUUCGAUGAUGAACACACCUAAAUUAGGUUAUUUAGUUCAAGUUGUGGAACAGUGUGCCAUUUUGGUGGGGUUGGAUGUGGUUUCUGGGUUGAAUUCUGUUGUUAAUGAAACAAAAGAAUUGUCGAGGCCUUCUCCAAUUGUUAUGGAACAAUGCCAGGAGGCACUUUCGUGUAUGUAUUACUUGCUUCAACGCUUCCCAGAAAAGUUUCGUAAUGCAGGCGACGAAAAUCAUGGAUCGAGCUUGAGUAAUACGAGUGUUCUGGAGAUGGCAUUUACGAAUAUUUUGAGCAUUUUGAAGUCUCAGGCAUUUUCAAGGGACUGCUUUGUGGCAGCUGGCGUGAGUUUUUGUGCAGCCGUGCAGGUGUGUUUGAGUUCGGAUGAGUUGGGUUCGUUUAUCAUGCGAGGUAUUUUUCAUCAGAUUGAUAUUCAGGAUGGUAAGAUCGACCUUAAAGCUGUGGUAGGGAAAAUUCCGUACAAGGGAGAUUUGGUUGAUGAAGUUUAUCAUUUUCCAGCAAUAAGUAGACUUUGCUUGAUAAGGGGAAUACUGACAGCAGUUUCAAGAACUGUUCUUGACACUCAUUAUUUUGUGUCUAACGAUGAUUUGGAUGACUCUAAGGAAUUUAGAAAUGGUGGAUAUUCAGUCAGGACAAUACUUUAUGAUGCUAUUUUGCCCGAGUUGUGUGGCUACGCCGAAAAUCCUAGUGACAGUCAUUCUAAUUUUCAUGCAUUAACUGUAAUGCAAAUAUGUCUGCAGCAGAUUAAAACAUUGUUGCAAGUUGAUAAUGGGGGCUUCACAAAUAACUAUGAUCCAAUUCCCGAGGAGAUGGGGGCAAGGAUAUUAAAGAUUGUGUGGCAAAACUUGGAGGAUCCUUUAAGUCAAACUGUUAAACAAGUUCAUCUUAUCUUUGACCUCUAUUUAGAUAUCCAAGCAAGUCUUUAUUGGGCGGAGGGUAGUGAAAAGAUUAAGUUGUCAAUGAGGAAGAUUGCUUCUGAUCUCCUUAGUUUGGGUCCACGUUGCAAGGGAAGGUAUGCUCCUUUAGCCUCUCUUACGAGGCGGUUGGGGUCGAAGGCUAUUCUGGACAUGAAUCCCGACUUGCUUGUUGAAACAACAAGGGCAUACAUUGAUGAUGACGUGUGCUGUGCUGCUACAUCAUUUCUUAAGUGUUUUCUCGAGUGUUUGAGAGAUGAAUACUGGACUAGCGAUGGUGUUGACGGUGGAUAUGCAAAAUAUAGAGGUCAUUGCUUGUUGCCAAUUUUACGCGGACUUGCUUUUGGACUUGCAAAGCUCCGGACAAACUUGAAUACUUAUGCAUUGCCUGUUCUACUUGAGCUAGAUGAAGAUAGUAUAUUCUAUAUGCUUGCACUGAUUGGCAUUGAACGGGUUGACGGCCCUUUCUUUGCUUCUACUGAAAUCAGUUUUACGGAUUUGGCUCUAGGACUUGAACAGCAAAGUGCUGUUUUGGUAUCAAUACUCAAGGUCUCUCGUGUACUUGCUUUGAUGGAAGGAGACAUUGAUUGGUACGAGAGUUCAUCGGAAUCCCCUGAAGGUGCAGUGCUCGAUCUGGAAAAUAGUAAUUUAUUCUGUGUGGUUGGUAUAAAAGGCGUUCAGGUUAAAGUCCCAGUCAAAUGGCUCAUAUUAGCGUUGACCCACAUAGAUGAGUCACUUCGCAUGAAUGCAGCAGAAACAUUAUUCUUAAAUCCAAAAACAGCUAGUCUACCUUCUUCUUUAGAACUUAGCCUAAUGAGAAGAGCAGUACCUUUGAACAUGAGAUGUUCUUCUACUGCUUUCCAGAUGAAGUGGAACAGCUUGUUCAGAAAAUUCUUUGCUCGGGUUCGAACAGCAUUGGAGAGACAACUCAAGCUAGGAUCAUGGAAGCCUAAUGAAGCUUGUUUAUAUAAUGGAGCUGAAGAAACUUUAAAACAGAGGGCAGAGAAUCUCUUUGAUUUCGCAAAGUGGUUGAGUUGUUUAUUAUAUUUUUCCUGCUACCCUUCUGCUCCAUAUGAGAGAAAGACAAUGGCUAUGGAGCUGAUAUUGAUAAUGCUAAAUGUUUGGCCUGUAGCGUCAGGAAACGAGGAUACGUUUUGCUCGGAUACGAAUCUAUACCCCUACAGUAAAAGUUUUACUUCGCCAGAUUCAACUUUGCUGUUGGUUGGAUCAAUUGUUGAUAGUUGGGAUCGACUGAGAGAGAGUUCAUUGCGUAUUUUGCUCUAUUUUCCAACUCCACUUCCUGGCCUUGGUAGCCCAGACUUGGUCCGUGAGGCAAUUAUAUGGGCUAAAAAGCUAAUCUGCAGUCCACGUGUACGAGAAAGUGAUGCUGGAGCUCUGACACUGCGUCUUCUUUUUAGGAAGUAUGUUUUGGAGCUAAGCUGGAUUCUUAAACCUUCGUGUAAUGUUGUUUCUUUAUGUUCAGAAUCCGAGAUGCCAAAUGGGUCCUGGCUAAAUUGCAUGACCACCUCUCCUGUGGUGAGUUAUGUGAUGUCACUUCUUGAUUGGCUGCUUGCUGCUGUGGAAGAUGCUGAGAAGAAUCUCUCGGAAGCAUGCAAGAAUAGCUUUGUUCAUGGUAUAUUGCUCGCUCUUCGUUACACAUUUGAGGAAAUGGAUUGGAAUGCCGAUGUGUUUCCACAUAGCAAGUCUGAAAUGAAACAUAUAUUACAGAGGCUCUUGGAGUUGGUCAUGCGAAUAACUUCGGUUGCCCUUUGGGUAGUCUCGGCUGAUGCAUUGUACUUGCCUGAUGACAUGGAAGAAAUGGUGGAUGACGAGGCGUUUCCGAUCGAGAUUCUGGAUGAGAUUGAUUUAUCCGGCCCAAAAUCAGAGGUUGAGGUUAAAAAUACGAAAGUUGUGGAGGAGAUUGCCCCGCCUGAACAGAUUGUUAUGGUUGGUUGUUGGCUUGCAAUGAAAGAGGUGAGCCUUCUUCUGGGAACAGUAAUUAGGAAAGUUCCUUUACCUACUUCAGAUGAAGUGAGGAAAUCAGUCACUAACAUUAGUGAUGACUCAGAUCUGGCAUCUGAUGUGAUGCUUGAUCUGCAACAACUCGAGACAAUUGGCAACCAUUUCUUAGAAGUACUUCUCAAAAUGAAACACAAUGGAGCAAUUGAUAAGACAAGAGCUGGGUUCACGGCUCUGUGCAACCGGCUGCUUUGUUCAAAUGAUCCAAGGCUAUGUAAAUUGACAGAGUCUUGGAUGGAUCAACUAAUGGAAAGAACUGUGGCCAAAGGACAAACAGUGGACGACCUGUUAAGAAGAAGUGCAGGUAUACCUGCUGCAUUUAUUGCGUUUUUCCUCUCAGAGCCCGAGGGAACACCAAAAAGACUACUGCCAAAGGCACUAUCCUGGCUAAUAGAUGUAGUGAAGGAGUCUUUAAUCGAUCAACCUAAAUCAAACAUCUCCAAUAGUGAUUUGUGCAGUGGCAAUAAUGAUGAGGUGUCAAAGUUUCGAGAUGAAGGUGUUGUCCCCACUGUUCAUGCCUUCAAUGUUCUCAAGGCAGCUUUUAAUGAUACAAACCUAGCUACUGAUACCUCAGGUUUUUGUGCUGAUGCAAUAGUAAUCUCGAUACGCUCUUUCUCUUCUCCAUACUGGGAGAUUCGCAACAGUGCUUGUCUUGCAUAUACUGCUCUGCUACGUCGCAUGGUUGGGUUUCUUAAUAUACAGAAAAGAGAAUCUGCCAGGCGAGCUCUAACUGGGCUUGAAUUUUUCCACCGGUACCCUACAUUGCACUCUUUCUUAUUAAAUGAACUGAGAGUGGCUACUGAAUUGCUUUUGAAAGGGUCGUCAGAACACUUGGGAUUUAACCUAAAGAAUGUUGUACAUCCAAGCUUGUGCCCAAUGCUGAUACUUUUGUCUCGUCUUAAACCUUCACCGAUUUCAAGUGAAACUGGGGAUUCUUUGGACCCUUUUCUUUUCAUGCCGUUCAUCCGAAGGUGUUCAAUCCAAAGUAAUUUACGGAUUCGCGUACUUGCAUCAAGAGCUUUAAUGGGUCUGGUAGCCAACGAGAAACUGCAGGUUGUCUUGCUCAAUAUUGCCUCGGAGUUACCGUGUGAGAAAAACCAUAUCACGACACCCGAUUCAUCGAGUACCUUGAUUUCAACCAAUAGGACCUCUUGUUCUUACAAUUCAAUUCAUGGAAUGUUAUUACAGCUGAAUGCUCUUAUAGAUACGAAUUGCAGAAACCUAAUCGAUUCCUUUAAAAAGGAUACUAUUCUCAAUGAACUGAUUCAAAUAUUAGCAACACGCUCUUGGAUUGGUAGACCGCAAUAUUGCCCAUGCCCCAUCCUUAAUGGCUGCAUGAUAAAAGUUCUUGAUAACAUGCUCAGUAUUGCAAGAACCUGCGAAGCAAGCAGAGGUGCUCGUGUCAUUUGGAAUCUCCUCUGGGAAUUAUCCUCUGAAUCCUUGGAUUUAGAACCUACUGAUUGCCUGUCGUAUUUCGAUCCAACUAUUCAAGAACUUCGCAAGCAAGCCGCUACUUCCUACUUCAACUGUGUUUUCCCGACAUGUAAAGAAGCAACCGAAGAUGAACUUCAGAUGAGAAGAAUUUUGUCUUCACCUGCUACUAGUUCGUUAAGAGUAGUUGGACAAACGGAAGUUGCCUUUACUAAAUUUCAGGAAAGGCUGAUCCGAUCCAUGUCAGAUGCAUCGUACGAAAUACGGAUCGCUACUCUAAAGUGGCUUCUUUUAUUUCUCAAGAAUAAGGAAUCUUUGGGUGACAAUGGUGAUGAACAGUUUCAUUACGAUGCUAUUAAAACGUGUUUGACUAAUAUCAAUCUGCAAGAGACACUUAUGAAGCUUCUGGUUACAGAAAAACACCACAAGUGCAUUCACUAUCUUCUGAAAGUUUUCUACACAUGGAACUCGCUCGAAUUUCAAGAAGACAACCAGCCAAGUUCAGAAACAACAUAUGUCUGUAAUAUGGACCGCAACUCGGUAUUCCAGUUAUGGAACAAGUUGGUUUCUCUGUUUGAGAUCACAAGGCACGCCAAGACUCGUCAAACACUCAUCUGCUGCAUGGGAGUAUGUAUCAAGCGAAUUUCCAUCUUAUGCAUGAGCUUUAUUUCUUCUAAAGUGGAGAAGAAAGAAACUACUCCAAGUAAAUUAUUUUCCGAUUUCUACGAUGCGUUAACUUAUUUCAUGGAUAUGAUCGAACAAAACAGCGAUGCGUCAGAGCCUAUAAAUAUGCGAAAGGCAGCUGCAGAAUCAAUGAUAGCUUCUGAUCUGCUGGGUAAUGCAGAGGCCCUCGGUUCUUUGGUUUCUAGCUCCACAAAUUCCGAUGAGAAUCUGUCUAUUAAACUGUACGCUCGUAAAGUACUCGAUCUAUGGUUCAUAUGCGUGAAGCUUCUAGAAGACGAAGAUGUUGGGCUCAGAAAAACACUCGCUUUAGAUGUUCAAAAGUGUUUAAAAAAGAACUCCCCAUUUGCUAUGGCUUCAAGCCAAGUAGAGAAAGUAAUUGAACUAUGUUUUGAGCAUCUGACGGAAGUUUUUGGCCAGUGGCAUGAUUACUUGGACUGUCUUUGCAGUUGGGUUUCGAACAUUGCAAACGGCGGAAGCUACUUUGUGUCUGGUGGAGACCUUGUCAGACGAGUCUUCGAUAAGGAGAUUGAUAACCAUUAUGAAGAGAAGCUGUUGAUUUGCCAGAUAUGUUGUUUGCAGUUAGAAGUUAUUCCGAGUUCAAACAGUGGUGGGGCCAGGGGUAUUUUGGGUAAAUGGAGGACGAGGUUUUACGAAGAGUUGAUAGGGUUUAGUCGGGAGUACAUUGGGAAAAGGGGGAGCGUUGAUUGGAUCGGUGGUGUUGGGAAUCACAAAGAUGCUUUUUUGCCGGUGUACGCAAAUUUAGUUGCGUUUUAUGCACUUUCGAAGUGUCUGUUGAAAGAGGAACCCGAGAGUAGUGGGGCCAUGCUGUUGUCUGAAGUUGAUGCGAUCGGAGAGGCGAUUAAGCUGUUUCUUGGUAAUCCUUUGAUCUACAAUCUUUAUUCGGUAUUGGUUAAGUCACACGAGAAAUGUUUCGGCAGAAACGGAGAUAAUUUGGGUGGAAAUUGGAGGCGGGGUGAUUCUGAUUGGGUUGAAUUCAAUCCAUACUUUCUACUUAGAUGAAUGACAUCUUGAUUUAUGUAACAAUGUCAUAUAGUAGCUAUUUUUGAAUUGGUUUUUUGAUGUGCUUUUAUUUAUGCUUCAGAUAUUAAACAAUUUUAUAGUUAGGUGAAGAUUUAAUAGUCUUUUAUUUAUCCUGUAACCUGAUAAUUUUUUUCAAAAAUGUAUGUAUGCAAAUGACGUUUUUAUCGUUCAAUGGAAAUGUUAUAUGCCA